AAACAAAAUUCACAGUAAACAUUCCAAAAAACGUAAUUAAAAAAGGAAAAAUAUUUGUAAGGUUGUCAGAGAAGUGUAGCUUUGAAAUGUCCGGAAAAUCCCUGGGCUUCCGCCACAAUAUCGAUAGUGUGCGUUGGUAUCGUGGCAUGUCCGUCGUGCAGAUGAAAGCCUGUGAUGAAUUGCUCCACGCUUUACGCGAUGACAUGGAGCAGGGAUCCACGUACCGGGUGCGUCACUGCAUCACCCAGUUGGGCAUCUAUCCGCCGGUGGGAGCUGCGCAGAUCAAGGAUAUUAUAGCCAUGAGUCAGGGCAGCGAUCUGGCAUUUUUGUGGUUCCUAUGGGAAUUCGCCUACAAGAGCCCCCCAAAGUGCGGGAAGGAUAAUUGCAACUCGGAUUCGGAGCACUUUACGGUGAACGAACAGUUGCUCUUGUCUGGUAUUGCCCAUUUGGAUAUGCCGUCCACACUGAGAGCUUUGGAUGCCUUGCUGCCACCUGCUACGCAAUCGAAAAAGCUGAACUCCCAAAUUAAAACCGAACAAAAAUCUUCGAUUCCAAGACGCCGAAAACCGAAAAACUAUGAUCUGCCGUAUUUUGCUCCGCUGGUUCGACCUCGUGAAUAUAUUCCGAAAUGCAAAUUCCGGCCACCCGAGACCAAGCUUCUCUUUCCGGAAUAUUCUCAUUAUAUAGAUCGGAUGAAGCAGAUCCCCAAUGAGGGCUCUCGUUGGUUUGCCCAAUACAAAUUGUGUCCGGCCAAAAGAGUGGUGAACAAGUUGCUCAGAGAUCAGCUCAACGGGAUCUCCUUGAAAUGGGAUGAUAACUUGGAAGACAAUGCUCCUGUAUGUGAGACACAUCGAUUCUUGAAGAAGGUAGAGAAUUUACAAAAACAAGAGAAAAUCUUAAAACAGCCAUGUGUAACCAUGCUGGAUGUGGUAGGAGAUGAGUUGAAAGCCCGGCGGAAGCACAUUCUAAACGAUAUCGAAAACAAUGUUAAAUGGGCAAGUAAAAGGAUGAAUAGGCAAUUGGGAAUAACUUCAGGUCCAGGCAAACUUCCAAAGGGAUCAUGCACUGCGAGAAAAAAGAAGGAACCCACCAUAUUGAUCGGUCUUGGUAACGAAGAGAAUCUCAGGUUGCAUUCGUAUGCCCAUUCAUUGAAUAACUCGAUCAGGGUUAUGCUCAUGAAGGGAAAUGAGUCCCAUCGCUGUGGAGCAGGUGACUGCAAAAUCCUGGAUGUGGACUGCGAGAUGAAAGGAUCUGCGGAAAUUACUAUGAAACCACAAAAUGUGAAAUCCUUUAUCGAGGAGAAACCGAGAUUGCCAACUUCCAGUUUUAAGAAACUCGCAGAUCUUAUACCCGUCUGCAGUCGAACUUUGCGUUCGUUGAAGAGGUCAUCCCCAAAGGCUCCUGCAGAGGAGUCCUUUACAAACAGGUCUAUUGGUGGCUUUCAGUUGGACUACCAUAAGAUAUUCGAUGUACCAUCGCCUCCUGUUGAGCCCUUGCCAUGGGAGGAGGAGGUCCUGGACUUGGAGGACAAGCAACCUGUGAUCGAAAGGCUCUGCAUCGAUGCCCUUGGGAAUGACGACAACAAGUCCAAGAAGGAGUUGCUUCGGAAUAAAUCCAAUCCGGUAGUUUCAAGAUCAGCUGCCAAAUGUGCAGUGAAUAUGUUCCGUUCAAAACUUGCAGAAAACGCAGAAAAUCAAGACGACAAACAUAUUAAACAAAAUGGGGAUAUACUAAUCGACCCGGAUGACGACGAGCAGAUUGAGAGUCUCCUGAAGGAGGCACUUCGGGUUCUCCGUGGCAAUCGCCAAUACGUGCUAGCCACCCUUUCCAAUGCCCACAAGAUGCCGGUGCUCCUUGAUUGGGUGGCAGAUCGCUAUGGUAAGUCGUACUGCCGAGCUGGGAUGAAAUCCAUUGUGAAGACCUCGUUCCGGAUAUACGAGAAGGUGUAUGAGAAGGAGAGGCGGAACAAGCGGAAUAUGUUGGAACUGAAGAGAUCUGUGACGGGUCUGGGUAGUUCCAUCAGCUAUGCCAGCCACAAGAAGUUCAUGUCCCAAGUCGUUCAGCGGAAGGCCGAGUACAACAACAAGCUCAAUGAACUGGCUCUGGAACAGUCGCGUCUCACCUGGUUGGCCCUGCGAGGAUAUUCCCAUCUGGGCGGCAGCAUCAAGGACACCUUCUUUGCCUACAUGCCAGCCAGGCCGCAGGAUAUCAAGCGUCAGCAUAUUUGGAAAUCCUAUAAUUUCCUGGAUAUGGUGAAUUUUCGUCUAAGAAACCGACGAAUACACAUUUGAAAAUGGUGCUUUUAAAUUGUGGACAUCGUGUAUUUCGUUCUGCCAUUUGGAAACCACAUCCUCAAGGACUGGUUCCACAUGACAGAUCGAAAAACAUGCAUGUCCAUGGUUUUCGUUCUGCCAUUUGAAAACACCAUUACAUUCUCUGGUUUUGCAUAUAUCUACAUAUAUGUAUCGCAUGAUCUGCUUAGUGGCUACUACACUCGAAAAAACAUUCAAUGAAAUUUGUCAUUCGCCAUUGCGGCCGACUACUUAUGUAAACCAAACUAUGUAUAAUCCCAAUUAAAAAUGCUGAUGCCCAACUAAAACGCCACGGACGGCAAAUGAAUAGC